AUGGCGGCGUGUGGGGGCACGUGGCGACUUCUUUCCCGGACUGAUUUUUGGUGUUGUGAUCACCAGAGUUGGGCGGACCUUUCUGCCCUAUCAACGACCCCAAUUGGCUAUGGCGGCAGCCGCGGUGGUCGGAUAGCGGCGACAGUGGCUACUGUUGCAGCGGAAAUGGUUCUCCCAAGAUUGGGAGCUGUCCUUGCUGAAUGCACUAACGACUUAUUAAUUCAGAGGUAUGAAGAUGUGAGCAAGCAAAGACUUGAUCGUGCUAUACUAACAUUCUUUCAACAUUUUAGAAAGUGUUAUAUUGGUGACCAGAUUGUUUCUUCAUCGAAGUUAUAUACCCGACUAUCUGAACUUCUUGGACUCCAUGAUCAUCUACUACUACUAAAUGUUAUUGUGGGAAAGAUGAUUACUAACCUUAAAUGCUACACAAAGUGCAAAGAGGUUAUCGAUCAUACCUUGAAUCUCUUUCUGGAAAUGACAUCUGGUUACAUGUCAGGAAAGCUGCUUCUUAAACUGGAUAGUGUUAAACAAAUGAUUUCAAACAAGAAUAGGGACCUAUUCCCUUUCAUAGAAAAUUGGGAAUGUUUCCGUAGCAGAACAACCCUGUACUAUACUAUUGGCAUGUUGAUAUUCUUGGAAGAUAACCCAGUCAAAUUUAAAUCUACAAUGGAACCUUUCUCACAGGUUUUGGCUAGAUUGGAAUCAACUCCCGAUGCUUUGUUCCAAUCAGAUGCCGUAAAAUUUGCAUUCAUUGGGUUGAUGCGGGACCUUCGAGGAAUAGCAAUGGCUACUAAUAGCCGCAGAACUUAUGGCUUCCUUUUUGAUUGGCUUUAUCCUGCCCACAUGCCUCUUCUUUUGAAAGGCAUUACACAUUAUGCUGAUAUUCCAGAGGUAACAACUCCAUUAUUUAAACUCGUGGCUGAACUAGUACUGAACAAGUCCCAGCGAUUGAAUUUUGAGUAUUCUUCUCCUAACGGAAUACUACUCUUCCGAGAAGUUAGUAAAUUGAUUGUUGCUUAUGGAUCAAGAAUUUUGCCUCUUCCUAACAAAGCGGACAUGUACACUUCCAAAUACAAGGGGAUGUCACUUUGUUUGAUAAUUCUUACACGAGCAAUAUCUGGGAGCUUUGUGAACUUUGGUAUUUUUGAACUUUAUGGUGAUAGAGCGCUUGUUGAUGCUCUUGAUAUCAUUGUUAAGAUGAUACUAUCAAUUCCUUUAGCUGAUAUAUUUGCAUAUCGGAAGGUCGCAGCUGCAUACUUUGCAUUCUUGGAUUCUCUCUUCAGUUGUCAUUUGUCAUUUGUUUUAAGUUUGGAUAAAACUACGUUUAUGCUUGUUGUUGGAUCUCUUGAGUCAGGGCUUAAAGAUUUGAGUGACAAGAUAUCUGCACAGUGCGCCUAUGCUAUUGACAACUUGGCUACAUUUUAUUUCACCCAUGUCAUUGUUGGAGAGUUGACUACCUCACCUUCUGCUCUUAAUGUAUCUGGACUCAUUUCUGACUGUGCUGAACUUUUCUCUAGAAUAUUGAGAACUCUAUUUGAAGUUGUUAUAUUUGAGGACCGUGGCAAUCAGUGGACUCUUAGCCGUGCAAUCCUGAGCAUUAUGCUAAUCAGCGAAGAGGUGAUUAUUUGGCGUCUGAUUCCUAUUAUAAUUCACUUGAUUGAUUUUUAUUCACACUGUUUCAGAUGAUAUAAAUUUGAAUGCUUGUUGAUGCUAAUCAGAACACGUAAUGUCUAUACUGUUUUUUCCGUGAUUGUUUCAAAAACGUGGUGCUUAAAUAGAUAGUUAAGCAUUUGCUUGUUAUUUUGACAUUGGUUGAGAUACUCAAUUUUCUUGAAUGUUUGAACAGAACAUGACAAUUCAAGCAUUUUGUAUGAGGUAUUCUGUUUUAAUCUGGAAAUGUAGGAUUCCAAAUGAUUUCCACAUUGUUGGCCGUUCCAUGUUGAAGAUAGAUAUCGGUUCAUAAUAUGAGUAUUUUAUUUGUUGCUUAUUAGUUCAAGGAGUUGUGGAGAAUUGAAACUUG